AAAAGAAGAGCAUAGAGAAUAAGGAGGCGAAGAAGCGUCACGACGAUGGAUCCCGUUGCAACAACUCGUUGCCGAAAAUCAUCGCAUCGAGUUCAGUAUCGCUACGUUUUCCGCGCCGAAAAGUUGGGCGCCGCGACGCUGCAUCACCGUCCGUCGACGCCGUGUGCUCGGAUAAACUUGUAUUGUUGGGAAUUCUAUCACGUUGCGCCAACAUGAUAUUUCAGCAGCUACUCAAGUUGAUCGUUCCUGUUCUGUUAAUUUUUUUAAGAGAAUCCUUGUCCUUAAAAUCGAUGAUAAUUCGCGUACCGGAAGUGGCGAAGUCUGGUGAUACGGUGACGUUAUCCUGCGAAUACGAUCUCGAGCAGGUCGCUUUAUACUCGAUAAAAUGGUAUCGAAACGACGAGGAGUUCUACAGAUUCGUUCCAAAGGAAUCGCCACCGUUCAGAGCCUUCCCCUUGAAAUAUGUUAACGUGGACAUAUCCCGUUCGGGUCCGAACGACGUAACCCUUCGUGGCGUACGCCGAGAAUUAUCAGGAAACUAUAAAUGCGAGGUAUCGGCUGAUGCACCGCUCUUUCAUACCGAAAUACAGGGAGCACACAUGCUUGUUGCCGAGCUGCCGAGCACUAAUCCCGUGAUGAAUAUCGAGCCCAACAAAGUCGAGAUUGGAAAGAAGAUAAAGGCCCGCUGCUAUUCCCCAGGAUCGGAUCCCGCGGCAAACCUAACCUGGUACAUCAAUGAUGAAGAGGUGAAAAGAUACAGUGAAAGCGUGAAAAAGUUUCCCUUGGAAAUCGAGUUGGACCAAGCUUUAGGUUUGCAGUCGUCGCGAUCGCGUAUCGAGAUAACGACGAACCGGUCUCACUUCGUGAUGGGCGUGAUGACGAUCAGAUGCGAGGCGUCGAUUUACACGUUGUGGCGUCUCUCGGUUGAGGAGAUCGUCAGGGACGAUUCGCCACAAUUAGCGCCCGUGUUGGGAUCCACUUCGUCUCAGAGCCAUACAGAGGAAGUUAUAGAUUCCAGUAAUAGUAAUUCUCUAUGUAAGAAUAUUAGUUUAAUAUUUUUAACACUAUUAUUAAUCACAUUAAGGUAAUGCAAUAAUUAGUUUUAGAUGUAUACAGUGUGCCUAAAUUUACUUAAACCUAUAUCUACAAUUAUAAAGAAAUUUUAAAUAAAAAAGGGUUAAAAGCAUUGAAACAAUUAUUUCAAGAAAUUAUAAUGACGUCCAUGCCAUAUUGUAUUAAUAUAAUAAUACCAAAUAACAAUAAAAUCGGUGAGUGCAAGGGUUGGUCUAUUAAACAUUUUUAAUCACAAACAACAAAACAAAUAACCUAUAGGCUAUUGGCUACUGCUAUAGUAGUAGCCUAAGACGCAUAAUGGUGUUUUUUUUUAAUGAUUUGUUUUUUUGUACCUUCUGAAAAAUGUCUUAAAUUUUGGACCAUUGUUUCACCCACCAAUUUAAUUAGAUAUGUUCCUUACCCUGUAUAUCUAAAAUAUCUUUGUAAAAUUCCGUCUUGUAGCAUUUAUAUAAUACACAGAUUUAGAAAAUUUAAUUUUACCAUGCAUGCAUUUUUGCAGUCGAGUUAAUAUUAAUUUUGUGUUACACAUAACUCCACUUAGUACUUCCAAACAGCUUAGUUUUGGUUAAUGGAUUAAAUUAAGUUGUAAAAAUAUAUGCGCAAAACUUAGGAUUAAUUAAUUUAUUAAAUAAACUUAAGUUCACAAUCUUGUUAUUUUUU